GAGAUGGAAGGUGUCGAGUUCGAUACGGCUGGAGAGGAGGUCGUAUAUGAUGGUCCUGAUGGCGAGCCUACUGGCGGAGAUGAAUGGAGGAGGGCGACAGCGACGGCGAAUACGUUGAGACUUCCUUUGUAUCCCUCUUCGGCUGCUGACAGGAGGCGACGGCGAGGACGGCCGCAAGCAUAGUGUCGAUCUAGACACUGAUAAGAAAGUGGUGCGUUUUGCAGGCACUCAGAACGCAUGCUGUAGGCCUAUGUGACCGUGCCGGGACUUUGUCCUGUAAAAUGCCCAAUGAUGCACUUUCGACCGUUCGUCAUGUUCACAAGCCUCCUACUGCUCGCUCCUCACUGUAAAUCCCUCUGCUUAGCUUCCUCGGACCAGGGAUCGUGCGGUGGUAGCAGCGACAUCUGGACGCCUGCAGCGCGUGAUAAUCAUUGUGAUCUGAAAGUUGUCGUCAAGCAUAGAAGAAACCAAAAUGCAAAGACACGCCUGCCUUCUCACAAGCUGUACGACCUAGACGCUAGCUUUUGUCCUCGAUAAAACCCAUGACCAGCCAUCUCAGCCCGAGUAGCGAUCUCAAUAUCGCCGGUACCUCCCGCGAUUCGAGAACGGCAACAAUUCGCGCCAACUGCUUCGACGACGACUCGAAGAAUCUUGCCGAGUGCGCCAGGCCGGGACUUUCACUUCUUGUUCCAAAACGGAGACACCUCUCCGAUAUGUGAAAGAAGAUUCAGCAUCACAUGCGCAAAAGCCCGCUUCGCAGUUACAUGUGUAGGAUACUGUGUGGUUCUCGUGCGCG